CUGGUGGGGGGAGGGAGCCAGCGAAGAGGAGGAGAGAGCAGCCUGUCCUGGUCUCCGUCUGUCAAUCACGGCGCGGGAGGUGUGUCCGAGCGCGCAGCGGGCCAAUGGCGUGUGUGUGUGGCGGCGUCUCCAUGGUGACUGGGCUGUUCCUGGGGAGGCUGUGAUGGGUUGACAGGUGCGUGACAGUCGGAGCUCUCUGCAGGCAUGUACGGCAAAGGCAAGAGCAACAGCAGCGUCCCGUCCGACAGCCAGGCCAGGGAGAAGUUAGCACUGUAUGUAUAUGAAUAUCUGCUCCAUGUAGGAGCACAGAAAUCUGCUCAGACAUUCUUAUCAGAGAUAAGAUGGGAAAAGAACAUCACAUUGGGCGAACCCCCAGGAUUCUUACAUUCUUGGUGGUGUGUUUUUUGGGAUCUCUAUUGUGCAGCUCCAGAAAGACGUGAAACGUGUGAACACUCAAGUGAAGCUAAAGCCUUUCAUGACUAUAGCGCUGCAGCAGCUCCCAGUCCAGUGCUAGGAAACAUUCCCCCAGGAGAUGGCAUGCCAGUAGGUCCUGUACCACCGGGUUUUUUUCAGGGGCCUGCAGGUUCACAGCCUUCACCCCAUGCACAGCCCCCCACUCACAAUCCCAGCAAUCCCACGAUUGGACCUCAUGGUCAGCCAUUCAUGUCUCCCCGGUACCCAGGAGGCCCCAGGCCACCUUUAAGGAUACCCAAUCAGGCACUUGCAGGUGUCCCAGGAAGUCAGCCAUUAUUGCCUAGUGGAAUGGAUCCGACACGGCAACAAGGACAUCCAAAUAUGGGCGGACCAAUGCAAAGAAUGACUCCUCCUAGAGGAAUGGUUCCAUUAGGACCUCAGUCUGACCCUUGGUUAUCAUUGCAGAACUAUGGAGGUGCAAUGAGACCCCCACUGAAUGCUUUAGGUGGCCCUGGAAUGCCUGGAAUGAACAUGGGUCCAGGAGGUGGUAGACCUUGGCCAAACCCUACAAAUGCUAAUUCUAUACCAUACUCUUCUGCCUCACCAGGGAAUUAUGUAGGCCCACCAGGAGGUGGAGGACCCCCAGGAACACCCAUCAUGCCUAGUCCAGCAGAUUCAACCAACUCGGGAGACAACAUGUACACUCUAAUGAAUGCAGUACCACCUGGACCCAACAGACCUAAUUUUCCAAUGGGACCAGGGUCUGAUGGGCCAAUGGGUGGACUGGGUGGAAUGGAUUCACAUCAUAUGAAUGGAUCACUAGGCUCGGGAGACAUGGACAGUAUCUCCAAAAACUCGCCCAGUAAUAUGAGCAUGAGCAAUCAACCCGGGACCCCUCGUGAUGAUGGUGAAAUGGGUGGAAACUUCCUAAAUCCUUUUCAGAGUGAAAGCUAUUCCCCCAGCAUGACAAUGAGUGUGUGAUCCAUUACCAAGUCUCUUCGUGAAGGCUGCACUGAGUUGGCCCUCUCCAGAGAGCUACUAAAGAAGAAAAAUUACUCAUCCCUGUGUACAGUUUGACAGAAAAUAUCUCAGCCACAAUUGGACCCACCAUUUUUUCCCCUAACCAUCUUUCCAGUUUUGUGAAGAAAGUGGGUCCUGAUCUGGUUUCAGCAACUAUAAUAAGUGGCGUAUCAGAGCUGCCCAAAACCGAACUGCAAACAGUUAUCUGUGUAUGUAUAUGUAGGGAUAGGUGUAUGUAUGUGUGUGUUAAAGAGACAUAGAUAUGCGCACAUACAUAUAUAGACCUUCAGGACAUUGUAAAAUAUCACAUGACAUCUUAAGUAGAAGUAAGAGAUAGGGACUUUUAUUCCAUCUUUUUUCACGUUUACAUUUUAACUAUUAAAAGAACUGUUUCCCUUUUCCCAUCUGACCUGUUCUGUGCUGUGUAUAUCACUGCUUUUGUAAGUUAUUUUUUUAAGAUCUCAGAUAAGUUCUGUUUUUUUGUCAAUGUCCUCCAUCAUGGAUAGGAAUAAAACUGCUUAUAAGAGGGCUCUCAUAAA